UUUCUCACACACACCGUCCUCUGAUUCCCUUAAUUUCUCUCUUCAAACCUAAACCCUAAACCUAACCCCCAAUCUACCUCUCUCUCUCUUUCUCUCUCUUUCUCUCUCUUUCUCUCUCUCUCUCUCACACACACCGAAUAUAUUUAACUCAAUUUUCCCGGAUCGACCUACCUUUUAAUACCCAUUAUUAUUAUAAACUAAUAUCAUUUUUCAUUAGUUUUCUUCUUAAUUAUUUCUUCUUCCUCCUCGGCUGGGUCGCUGCCACUACCAGCUUCUUUCAGGAGAUUACUUCCCACGUCACCUCAUAAAUUCAGAAAAAAAAAAAAACCAUCCCAAAAAUUCAAAUCCAAAUUGAGAAGAGAUGGGUUUGUUAUCUCUAUUGGAGGUGGCAUUAAUGCCCAAUUUACAAGUGCUUCUCAUUUGUUUGGUGGGUGCCCUUUUGGCUACCGAUUAUUGCAACCUUCUUCCUGCUCAUGCUCGAACCUCUCUCAACAAGAUUGUGUUUACUGUUUUCACUCCAUGUCUCAUGUUUGCAAAUUUGGCCAAAACAGUCACCUUUCAAGACAUUGUUUCAUGGUGGUUCAUGCCAGUGAACAUUGGUCUUACUUUUCUAUUUGGAGGAAUAUUGGGAUGGAUAGUUGUUAAAAUAUUGAAACCCAAGCCAUAUCUUGAAGGCCUUGUCAUUGCAGCCUCUUCUUCUGGGAACUUAGGUAACCUUCUUCUCAUCAUCGUCCCUGCUAUCUGUGAUGAGGAUGGUAGCCCUUUCGGUGACCGCGAUACCUGCACUUCUCUCGGACUCUCUUAUGCUUCCUUUUCCAUGGCGCUAGGUGGGUUUUACCUGUGGACCUAUACUUAUCAGCUUGUGAAAACCUCGUCCAUGCGAUUGAAAGCACUUGAAGUUGAAGAAGCAGAGGAGCAGUUGAAAGCACCCAACCAUGCCUCCAAUGGAGAUCUACAAGCUCACCUUCUCAAUAAACAAAAUGGGGAACAAGCCCAUCUUCUUCCUGUUUCAGUCUCAUCAACCACCAACACCUUGUUGGAACAGGUUGAAUCCCAACAUUCAGUAGAUAGCUUAGAGAAAGGGGAAUCACCCUCCAUUUGGGCUAAAACACUUGAAUUUAUGCAUAGCAUUAUUGAAGAAUUGAUGGCCCCUCCAUCACUAGGAGCUAUUGUGGGUUUCAUUUUUGGAGCGGUGGCAUGGCUUAGAAAUCUGGUGGUUGGGGACAAUGCUCCAUUUAAAGUAAUCCAAGACUCCGUUCAACUACUCGGAGAGGGGACAAUUCCUUGCACUACUCUCAUAUUAGGUGGGAAUCUGGUUCAAGGGUUACGGUCGUCAAAGGUGAAAGCAAGCACAAUCAUUGGAGUGAUCGGAGUUCGAUAUGUUGUAUUGCCUCUAAUUGGAAUUUCGGUAGUUAAAGCGGCAAAUGCAUUGGGGUUCUUAGCGCCGGAUCCUCUUUAUCAUUUCUUGUUGAUGGUUCAGUACACCACGCCACCCGCCAUGGCUAUUGGCACAAUGACUCAACUGUUUGGUGUUGGUCAAGAGGAAUGCUCUGUUAUUAUGCUUUGGACGUAUUUGGCUGCUGCUCUUUCUCUCGCUCUUUGGUCUGCAGUUUUCAUGUGGAUCUUGUCUUGAUUCCUUUUCUUCUUAUAUUCUUUUUGUAAAAUGUAGUCUAUUUGUUUUGCCAACCUGUUUUGCUAUAUUCAAAAAAUAUAAAGAGGGAAGUAGGUGAUAAAAUAACAUAUCAAUACUCAAUUCAAUUUGGAGUCUUGUAAGUUAUGUAUUCAAAAGUGAUAGCAUUAGUUAUUCCUUUUUCUUUUCUUUCUUGAAAAUCAA